AUGAAUCACACCUCGAGCCUUCUCGAUGACAGAAGAGGCUCCGGCAAGGAUGACGAGCACCACGAGAACCAUCUCGAUCGAGACCACGACGAGGCCGAGCGAUUUUGGACCACGGAUGUUGACUGGUCUGCCGCCAGCUUCCCCGAGCUUUCGAAUGCCCGAGGUGUCGAUCAACUUCUCACACUUGCCGCCCCGCCCUUGCUCGUAUUCAGAAAAGUUCAGAUAGAUUCUUCGAGGUCCAAUCUUGGGCCGGAAAGGCUUACUCUGGACGGAUCAAGUCAGUCAAUGGAAGACUUGGAGGCCGUGGCUGUCGAUGAAGCACUGGACAACGCCCAUCAAGAGGAAUACCAGGAGCAUAGCAAACAAGACGAGCCAACGCCGGCGCAGCAAGUUGACGCCUAUUCAAAACGACGAAGGGCUCCGGUGCUUCUAAGUCGAAGGGACAAGAGUCAACUCGAGAUUGUGCGGCAUACGUGCCAGAAGGAAAAGACGAACUUUGCUAAUGCAUCCGCUGAUUUCAUCUCCUGGAAAAGACUGCUUAAAGAAAUAUCGAACCCCGAGAGCAGAAGUCCUUCCUUCAUUGAACGUCGGAUGCACCAUGACAUCCUUACACUCGACAGCAUCGAUUCCAUGAGGGCUUUUCUGAGCUACUCGUCCCCGGCCCACAAACGCAAGGCGAGAGACAGGAUUCUGCUAUGCACUACGCUUCGAUAUGCUCCUGAAAAGGGUGCCAUGCUGCUCCAAGCAUUAUUGUCGGCUUCGCGCCUACCAUUCUACAUGGUUGAAGAUAGCCUUGGUUUUCUGGCCUACAAUCUUCGCCAGAUGGAAGCAGGCGUGAAACAAAGCUGUGCCCGCGAAUUGGCUGAUGCGGUCCUUCAAAUGUUUCAGCUCACAGAGAAGGGGUUUAUCCGCCUGAUGCAGAACACCGUCUACUCUAUCAUGGAUGCGCUCCCACCGAGUCAACUUGAAAAUUGGUUUCAUCAGCUCGUGGCCCAUGAAACCCCGCUGCCCAAGUACACCUUGCUGCAGUUUGCGAGUCGCUUCGCAAAGAUGUCUGCGACGAAGGACUUGUCUCUCGAUAUCUGGCGGGACCUGUGCGAGACCAAAUCCCUGGAUAUCAACACGCCCCUUGGCGCCAGUAUCUGCACCUCGUUGCUCACCUUCAAAGAUGAUGAUUUGCAUGCACUGGACGAGAACUCAGCGACACCUGCUGAGCUCUUUCAAUCUCUUCUUGACUUGGGCCUUGUACCGAACGUCAUCACUUAUACAUGUAUCAUUCACAGCCUUUGCGUUAGGAAAGAAUUACGGACUGCCAUGGAAGUCUUUGAGGUUAUGAAGCAACAUGGUAUCCAACCAGACGAACAUACAUACUCGGUCAUGAUAAACGGCUGCAAAUCAUGUGGAGACUUUGGAACAAUGCUGCGCUUCGCACUCGACGCUCGUGCUGCAGACAUUCGAGAUCCCGUGGUAUGGAAUGACAUUAUCCACGCCACAUUCCUCGCCUGCCUCAAGGAACCUCGCGUCCCAGGUGGAGUGCGCCGGGCCCGAUGUAUCGUCUGGGGCCCAAUGAACGCAAUCUUCACCCGCUUCUUCCAACCCGAGCCUCUGAGAUCACUCAUAACAACACAAUUUACUGACGUCCGCGACUUCAUGGAGAAGCAGGGGUUCGUCCCGAGUAGGAUGCAGGGCGUAUUCUAUGAGAUUCCACCUCUGCCCCCCAGGGAAGUCGUUCAACCGACAUCUUCAACAUUAGGUCUCAUGGUCUUGGGUUUCGUCCGGCAUCUCCCCAGGCCUAUUGAAGUGGUUCGAUUCUAUGACCAUUUCAAGAAAAUGCUCAAAGAAGGGAAUCCGGUGGCGCAAAUUAUCGUCCAGGAACAAGGAUCAAUUGUCCACAAUAUCGUUCUCAGGGCCUUGCUCAAAUGGAAAGGCACGCUUCGAAUCAUGCUGGACAUCAUCAGAGAUAUGAUGACUGAUAUCAGUCCAGCCGCGGCUGCAACUAUCCCUUCGUCACAGCACAAAUCUGAGCCACAGACCAGUCAAUCUUCACCAAAUCUGGCUACGAACAUUCAACAAAUGGCUGUCGACUUCGAUAUCUCAGGGAUUGGAGCAGACAACACGACCGCUGCUGCUGACAUUGUGGAAUCAGAAAGGGAAAUAGCAGAUGGGGAACAAUCUCCACUUGAUGCAAUCCUAUCAAACGUGGGCGAUGUUUCUGGAGAAGCAAGACCUCCAAUCCGCCACCCUCGACCUAGCGUCUAUACUUGGAGUAUUCUCCUCAAGGCUUUCAUGUCGAACCGCCGGACACAAGAAGCCGAGCACAUCUUGAAGCUCAUGCAGCUCCAUGGAGUCAAGCCCAACAUCGUCACGUGGAACACACUCGCAGCAGAGUAUGCCCGGCUCGGGAAUACCAAGCAGGCCGUGGAGGCCAUGAGCCGCCUCGAAGCCGCGGGCUUCAAGAGCGACGACUGGACCCUGCGAGCAUUCUCGAGAAUCAGCAACAAGGCCAAGGCGAUCGCGCUGAUGGAGCAAAAGGUGGAAGAAAACAAGUUGGCCAAGGCGGCGGUUGAAGAGAGGGAACGGCAGCAGCAGCAACAGGGAGAUGAGGCAGGAAUCGAGGAGAUUUCGACUUCAGAAGACGAAAUGGAAGGAAACGGUUUGUCUGCUCGACAGGAACAGGAUCCAGAGAUACACGAGGGCGUGAGGCAGUGGUCACCUAGAGAGGAGACGCCCUCACCGGGCAAGGAGACACAAUCAGAGCUCCAGGGUUCAAGCAGGCCUGCGGAAGAACCGCGGUCAGUGUCCGGAGAGGCGACAGAGGCGCCGCGCGAGGAGGCUCAGGAGCCAGUUGCAAAGGCACCCGUUCCGGCAAAGCCGGAUCUUGGUGCCUGGGACGACUUCUUGUGGAACUACGCUGCGGAGCCCGAGCCCGAGGAGCAGGACAAGGGGGAGGAGUCGGGGGCUUAG